AUGAUUUGGACGAAAGCCGGAGAAGGAAUACAUGUGAAGAAACACUACCGAGGCGUUAGGCUACGGCCGUGGGGCAAAUGGGCGGCCGAAAUAAGAGACCCAAAAAAGGCGGCCCGCGUUUGGCUCGGCACUUUCGACACGGCAGAGGAAGCUGCCCUCGCAUACGACAAUGCCGCACUCAAAUUCAAGGGCUCCAAAGCCAAACUCAAUUUUCCCGAACGAGUCCAAUCGGGCUACAUCAUGAGCCAUACUGUUGCUGCUGCUGCUGCUAGUCAUCAUCAACUAAUAAUCAAAGAUGGCAUCUAUACGGACCCGACGACUAAUAGUUUUCCUGCACCAGAAAUAUCUCCUCAAUCGGACCCCUCAUUGCUACGCAACUCAUUUCCGGGUCUCGAGCAGUACGCACAAUUGUUGUCGAGCAAUAAUGAUGAUGUCAAUUUCCCGUAUUUCACGAGGGAUGAUCAAAGUCGGCAGUUAGGGUAUGAAGAUUACUCGUCUGUCUCGACUGAAGAAAUUGGUGAUCAUCUUUCAGCUUCCGGCUCGGGCAACUACUUUGAGCCUACAAACCCUUAA